AUGCGCAGCGGAGAGAAGUCUAACAUACUGCAAUAUACACCAAGAUUAGGGGGCCUUGGUGGUACUAACUACCACUCCGAUCAGGUUGAAGGAGGAGCCGUCAACGCCUAUGAGGGCAUUGAUAUCAAUAAUCCUGACAUCUGUUCUCAUGAAGAGACACUUCGGAAGCUGGUUGAAACUCUCCAUAAUGAAUGUGUUCUGCUUGUACGAUCUCCGCCCAUGGCUGGCAAGACUUCACUGGCACAACUGUUAGAGAAACAUCUUCUUCAAGACAAUACUAUACGUGUUUUUCAUAUUUCACUUUUAUGGUUGAGACGAGUUGGUGAACCUUGGGUGUUUGAAGUACAAUUUAAGAAACUAAUGAAUGGCACCAGUUGGGCUCAAUUUGUGGAAGAGUGCAAGUUUAUUAAGACAUUCCUUAUUGUUGAUGAGGUGCAGGUACUUUAUUCCAAUGGACUUGGUGAGCCUUCACAUUAUGGUGGUGAUGCCUUUUGGAAUGUAUUCAAGGACUGCCAGCAGUAUGCUAAUCUCUGCAUAGUUGCCUUUGCGGUAUAUGGUUACUGA